AUGGAUGGCUUACUUGAAUAUAUGAAUAAAGAAUAUUUUGAAUAUAAUAAUUCUGAUGUUGAUUAUGUGAUUAUUGAUGAUAAUGAAAAACAAAACAAACUAGAUAUUGAUUGGUUAGUAUUGGACAAUGAUACACUAUCAGUAAUAGAGUUUAUGUGGACUUCAACUACAAAUAAUAAUCAUAUAAAUGAUUAUAAACUAAGUGAAACUAAUAUUAAUAAAGAUAGUAGUCAAUGUGUUGUUAUUGAUUAUAUAGAAGGAUUAAAAGAAAAAAGUAGAUUUACUGAUUUUAUAAAAAAUCAAUCACAAGGACUAAGAAAUGCUUUAGUUGAAGUUAUUUGGCGAUCAAGAUCUGAGGUGUGUUCACAAAGAAAAGUACUUGAAGCACCAAAUACUCUUAAUGAGUUUUAUGAAGUUGAUCAAACUACAAAAUCUCAUGAAGAAGCACUUCAAAAUGUAACUAAUUUAUUAGUAGAAGCAUUUAAUCUAUCUGAUUAUACUAAAUAUAAGCUUUUUAGUAAAAUAUUCCAGAAUACUGAUUUAGGAUUUAAAAAUCUAUUUGAAUGCUAUAAACAUAGUAUUAAACGCUUAGAAAAUAUCUUUAAGCAAGAUAUUGAGAAAUCUGAAAAACAUAAUACAACAGGUUGA